UUGCGAGAUUCUGGUAUCAAACUCCAGAAAGUAACAGUUAUUCCUGAUAUUGUAGAUGAAAUUGCAAAGACUGUAUGCGAUGCUUCCAAAGAGGUUUCUGUUGUAUUUACAUCUGGUGGUGUUGGUCCCACUCAUGAUGAUGUAACGUAUGAAGGUGUGGCUAAAGGUUUAGGAUUAAUACUUGAACCGCACGAAGAAUUAGUAGAUCUUCUCACAAAUCUCUUUCCCAAUGAAAAAGAAGCUCAACGUCUUGCCAUUGUACCAAGACCCUGUGAACUUAUUUAUAUUCCUUCACAAAAAAAAUAUGCAGUUAUAAAAGCAAAGAAUGUAUUUGUAUUACCAGGCUCUCCAAAAUAUUUCGAGCCUGCUGUUGAUGCAAUAGCAGCACAAUUAAAAGGAUCUAGUCAUUUACACUUUGAGUAUAUAGAUAUUAAUUUAAACGAAUUAUCUAUCGUGAAAAUUUUGGACGAACACGCGGAACGUUGGAAAAAUAAAGUCAGUAUUGGUAGUUAUCCUCAAACAAUGUCUUGUCUAACAAGAAUUACAUUAGAGGGAAAGAAAGAAGACGUUUUAGAAUUGAAGGGAGAACUUUUAUAUUCUUUGCCAAUUCAAAAAAUACGAAAUCUAGAGAAUGGGUUUACCAAUUACCAUGCAAGGGCUGUUUUAAAAGAUGCUGAUGAGCAACCACAUGUAAAAGAAGCUUUGAACGUUUUACAAGAAUGUUACGACACAUAUAAACCGGAAGAUAUUUUUAUAAGUUUCAAUGGUGGAAAGGAUUGCACACUGGUUUUACAUCUGGCUAUCACUGUUGCGAAAUUACGAAAUAUUUCAUCGUUAUUGUGUCUGUACGUAACAUCAGAUCCAUUUCCAGAGGUGGAUUCUUUUGUGGAGAGAGCUGUGCAGUAUUAUGGCGUAGAAUUAGUGAGAAAGAAAAGUCCUCUGCAGUCGGCAUUAAAAUUGUUCUUGGAAGAAAGAAAGAACUUGAAGUUCAGCCUUAUGGGAGUGAGGAAGGGUGAUCCUGGUUCAGAAAAUUUAAAGCCUUUCACACCAACCGAUCCAAGCUGGCCAAAUCUAAUUCGUAUAAAUCCUAUUUUAAAUUGGACGUACGAUCAAGUGUGGACGUUUUUAUUAAAGCACAACGUACCGUAUUGUCCCUUAUACGACGAAGGGUAUACAAGUUUAGGAACGAAAUCAACUACAGUACCAAAUCCGCGAUUAAAGGAUCCUAAUACACGUUUGCUGGGAUGGAACGUUCCUGCCGAAGAAAUAAUUCACAUACCGGAACAUUGGCUGGUCUUUCCCGAGCCGAACCCCUCCCUUCAUUAUUUAUUGGCUCUCUUGUACAUUCUUUUUACAUUCCUCGCUUUACUCGGAAAUGGCUUGGUGAUAUGGAUCUUUUGCGCUGCCAAAACAUUGAGGACACCCUCGAACAUGUUCGUCGUGAAUCUGGCGAUUUGCGAUUUCUUUAUGAUGAUCAAGGCACCCAUCUUUAUAUACAACUCCAUUAACACUGGUUUCGCUUUGGGCCACCUCGGAUGCCAAAUAUUCGCGUUCAUCGGUUCCUUGACUGGCAUUGGCGCUGCAAUUACGAAUGCGGCAAUAGCGUAUGAUAGAUAUAGUACAAUAGCAAGACCUCUCGAUGGUAAACUGUCUCGCGGACAGGUGAUACUUUUCAUAGUGUUAAUCUGGACCUAUACCAUACCAUGGGGUCUGAUGCCCGUGAUGGGAGUUUGGGGACGUUUCGUGCCCGAGGGCUUUCUUACCAGCUGCUCCUUCGAUUAUCUGACCGAUUCGAACGAAAUACGUAUAUUCGUCGCUACCAUAUUCACUUUUUCAUACGCCAUACCUAUGAUGCUUAUAAUUUAUUACUACAGCCAGAUCGUCAGCCACGUCGUGAAUCACGAAAAAGCGUUGCGCGAACAGGCAAAGAAGAUGAACGUCGACAGUUUAAGGAGUAACACGAACACGAACGCUCAAAGCGCCGAGAUUCGUAUAGCAAAGGCUGCCAUCACAAUUUGCUUCCUGUUCAUACUCUCGUGGACCCCUUAUGGUGUGAUGGCAAUGAUAGGCGCAUUUGGUAAUAAAGCACUUUUAACGCCUGGCGUCACGAUGAUACCAGCGUGUACAUGUAAAGCCGUUGCUUGUUUGGAUCCAUACGUAUACGCUAUAAGUCAUCCAAAGUACAGGUUGGAGCUACAGAAACGAUUACCGUGGCUGGAAUUACAGGAGAAACCAAUAUCGGACUCGCAAAGUACCACAACCGAAACCGUAAAUACACCACCGGCCUCGAGCUAAACUCUAAAUGAAAUUGUACUUUCUCGAAAAAACGAACGAUAGCAACGUAUUUGGUAUUCGUACGACACUUUGUUUUCACUCUGUUAAAAAUAUGCGAUCCUUGUAUAGCAACUGCAAUAAAGCAAUUUCCU